GGUGAGAAAGCAAUAAGCUGACACGCUUUUACGGAACAAUCCAAAACUUUUCAUUUACCCACGUACACGAUUUACGAUACUACGGAACAGAACGGUGGUGAUUUUUCAUUUACAUGGAGCUCUUAUUAGUUUAUUUGUGCCAGCUGGCACGGAACGAACGUUUAUGUUCGUGAGUGUGAGCACCAUACGAAUCAUUGAAAACAAUAGAAAGUGAACAAAUUACAUACAUGAACGUACAGUUUAGUGAAGUCGGAAAUAUUUGUACAAAAGCCAACAUAAACAUUUCAAUCUUCGAAGUAAGUUAAAAAUAAAUAAAAAGAAAAACUUUGUUCCAUGUCAAAUAUUUUCGGAACGUACAGAGCCAAUAUGGCGGCGAAUGAUGACUGGAAACAUUGGUGUCGCCUUUGUGCUAAAGAAGAUGCUCGAAAUAUCAACAUAUUUCCAGAAGGCAAUGAAAACGCUUCAUUCGCAAACUCCAAUGAUGGUAACAUUCAACUUUUGGAAUUCAUAGAGGAGUUCUUUCGAGUUCACAUUGAGGGAGACGAGGAUCUUCCCCAUUGCAUUUGUAGACAAUGUUUUUCAUUAGUUUCGGCCUUGGUUAAAUUCGUUGACCGUGUUAACAAAGUGCAAAAUAUGUACGAUGAUAUUCGAUAUUCCAAAGACCGAAACCGGAUAAUCCGAGUACAUUAUAAUUUGGUUAGCGAUGAGUUAUUUAAGUUUAAUUCAUCAGAAGAAGAGUCAGACCUUGAAAACAAUUUUGUUCCUGAUGAUCCCGAUAUAUUGACAGCAAAAUCAUUGGACGGUAUUCCUAUGACAGAAAUAAUAUCAGAGGAAGUACAAAGCACAGAAUUUUUGGACGAGAUCGAACAUAAAAGUGGAAUUCAAGAUCCUAUUGGUGAUGUGAUUGAAAAUAGGGAGAGCAAUGUAGAAAGUAUUAAUUCGAGAAAUGAUCUUAAUAAAAAAAAACGCCUUCAAAUAGCCGGAGACGAGUUAAUUGAAAAUAAUUCCGAAGAACGACACACGAGAAGGCACAAAAAAAAAUUGCAAACGGAUUUGAGUAGCAAUAAAGAAGGGCACAGAGGCCACAAAUAUUCCUGUCAUGACUGCUCGCUGCAUUUUCAACGAAUUGACUAUUAUAGCAUUCACAUGAAGCAAAAACAUGAUAUCGCCGUCGAAUUAAAUCCAUUGACUUGCCCUCAUUGUCAUAAAACCUUUACAACUAAAUUCAAAUUAAAUCGCCACAUAGAUACACAUAAGCCACUGUCGGAGAGGCGAUUAUAUCCAUGCCCGCAAUGUGACCGAAAAUUUCAAACAAAAGGCUCUGUAUCCACACAUAUAAAGUAUGUUCAUAAAGAUAUUCGUUCGUUUAUUUGUGAAGAAUGCGGUGAAGGUACACAUACGAAGACUUCACUACGAGGACAUAUGCUUGUACACUCUGACCUUACACCGUUUGAAUGCGAAAUAUGUAAGAAACGUUUCAAAACCAAGGCGCGUCUGAAAGUUCAUUUGGAUACACACGGUACCAGCAAGCACAUCUGCAGCGUAUGUGGUUUGCAACUAAAUUCACGUGUAACGUUAAAUCGUCAUAUGCUCGUUCAUUCUGAUAUUACGCCCCACAAAUGUGAUUAUUGUGGACGAGCAUUUAAGCGAUCCAAAACACUAAAAAGUCAUUUAAUACUCCACAGUGGACUAAAACCGUAUACAUGUGAGUUUUGUGACAGAACAUAUGCAAAUGCGGCCAAUUGCCGAACUCAUAAAAGAACAUCGCAUCCGGAUGAACUAGCUGCGUUAGAGGCUUCAGGAGAAAAACCGUACACGAAAAAUGUACCCAGAUUGGCCGUAUUAAAAACAGUAGCACAAACGUCUGAAAAUCUUGUUCCUGUGAUCUCCAAACAGAGAACUGACGGCACGAAAUACUCCACUUCAUCGGCAGGGGAAGAUACAUUAAUUGAAAUAGAUACAAGUAUGAGAGAGAACAGUUGAGACGUUGGCAGCCUUUAAACGUUUUGGAAAAGAAAAACACUUAUUUAUUCUGUAGUUUGAAUAAAUGCAAGGAAGUUUUCAAAACGGCUACAUUGUAAACCGAUCUGAAUAAAAUUUUAACUAGUUUAAUAUGCAAUCAAUAUUUUUAUGCGCUUCUCCCCCCAAUUAGAAGGGCAUGGACCCCACUUUUCAACGAUCUAUCUU